GACAUUCUUGACUUCAGCGUCGGAGAGUGUUCCAUCUGUCUUCGGCAGACGAAGCGAAGCCAGUGUCUGCGUGAACUGCCUUGUGGACACGUUUUCCACGAGCAGUGCAUUCGCCGAUGGUGGUGCAGUCUGGAUUCGCAAGUCUCUAUCUCUUGCCCUCUAUGCCGACAGGAGUUUGACCCGGAAAUGGUCAACGACGUGUCGCAGUUGCAUUAUCCGGCGGUCCGAGACGACGACCAGGAAGAUGUCUGGGAGGCCAGUAAGGACGAGGCUAACCACGAUGCUCUGGACAGUGGGCUGAAGGAG